GUUUCUGUUUCAGAUGAGAUAUUACUCUUAGCCGUCCCAGACCAGUGUAAAUUUAACAGGUAUGGGCUAUGUUGAUGUUUGCCCAAAUACUGAAGCUGGAAUCAAAACUGCAUCUAAAAGACUCGAUUGUAAAAAUGACACAUACAACAACAGUCAGUAUAUGUGUCUUCCAAAUGAGGAAAAAUCAUCCCUGGUAGAAUUUUGCUUCCCAGGUAGAAUGGGAAUAGAAUUAAAAGGCCAUUGUUUACAAGUCUCUCUUGGAGGGGUCACUCGACAUGACUGUUCAAGAUUUUCACAUGGAUGUCCUAAAGACAAUUUCCACAAAUACAAUGCUUACAAAUACAAAGCAUGUCAACAAAUCAACAAACAACGUCGCUGCUAUAUUGCGGAUCCGUCUUGUCAACCUGGUGUCCCGAAUAAAACAGAGAGUGGCUCUAUCGCAACGAAUCAAACAGAGAGUGGCUCUAUCGCAACGAAUCAAACAGAGAGUGGCUCUAUCGCAACGAAUCAAACAGAGAGUGGCUCUAUCGCAAUUUAUGCUGGAAUAGGAAGCGCAGGACUAGUUCUAAUUGUUAUUGUCAUUGCAUGCAUCGUCCGCUACAUCCGAAACAAAGAAG